UCGAAAAAUAUGCCACUGGCAUCUGUUCUGUAACCAGUGAAGAAGUGUGCUGAUUGUUUAGUUUUGGAUUUGUUUGAUGCUGAAAGUGACAUUUUCUCCUGAUUUCGCGCUGCCCGGUAUAUGAAAUCUAAGCUGCGCUAUGUUCUAAACAUCCGAAAACACAAAAAAAGCAUCGGAGCAGAAAAAAUCGAUACCACAAUGAAUCUGUAUUACUACUUGAACUCGCUGCAGCGGGUGUGGAACGCCGGCGAGGGCCAAGCGGUUGCCCGGUUGCUAUCUCUCGCUGACCACCACGUAAACAACCCAACGCUUCAGGUUGAGUAUCCGGAGAAUGCGGUCGACAGACAAAUUGAAUCCCCCCUGGAUGAGGUGGUCGCGUGUCAUAUAAAGGUGUUGUAUUACCUCACGAAGGAGCCACGCAAUUACAGCGAAGCGUACCGCCAGCAGACCAACUGCAUCCAAGCCGUUGUGAAGAUGCUACAAGUGAUGAAGGACGAAAACUGGUUCCUUCCGAUUAUGUACACGGUGGCGAUCGAUUUGCGCCGCCUAGCGGCCAAAUGCGAAGAACAGCUGAAAACCUCGAAGCCGGGUGAGAUCCUGGAGAAGGCGGCGGAGUGUUUGAUGAGUUGCUUUCGGGUUUGUGCGGCCGAUAAUCGGGCUUCCGACGCGGACACCAAACGGUUGGGGAUGCUGAAUCUGGUUAAUCAACUGUUCAAGGUGUACUUCAGGAUUAACAAGCUGAAUUUAUGCAAACCGCUUAUACGGGCGAUCGAGAGUUCGAACUUCAAGGAGUCGUUCAGCUUGGCCCAGAAGGUGACGUAUAAAUACUUCGCCGGUCGGAAAGCGAUGUUCGAUUCGGAUUACAAGAAUGCGGACGAAUAUCUGAGCUUCGCGUUCGAGAAUUGCCCGCGGAGGUUCGCUAAGAACAAGCGGUUGAUUUUGAUCUAUUUGGUUCCGGUGAAGAUGCUGUUGGGGUAUAUGCCCCGGAAGGAGGUCCUGGAACGGUACAAUGUCCUGCAGUUUCACGAUUUGACGCAGGCGCUAAAAGAAGGGAACGUCCAAAUGUUUGACGAGGUUAUCCAAAAGCAUGAGGCAUUCUUCAUCAACGCUGGAAUUUAUCUAAUUGUGGAGAAAUUGAAGAUCCUUGCGUACAGGAAUCUGUUCAAAAAGGUCUAUCUAAUACUGCAAACGCAUCAGAUUGACUUGAAUGCAUUUUUGACGGCCCUGCAGUGGGUUGGUGAGGAGGAGCUGACUAUGGAUGAAACCCAUUGCAUUGUGGCGAAUUUGAUCUACGAGGGACGAAUCAAGGGCUAUAUAAGUCAUCAGCAUAAUAAGCUGGUAGUCUCGAAGCAAAAUCCUUUCCCAAAUGUUCUUGUAACUUAGAUUCAAAUGUAAGAAAAUAAAAGAAAAUUUCACAAUCGUUUGUCAUCACAAUUUGUGCUGACCAAGUGAG